GGUCACAGCCGGAACACGCACACGCGCGAUAGUUCUACACGUGCUCACGCUUAAAAUUAUAUUUUCACUGUGGAGUUGAAUGACUUGACUAUCAAUGUGAUAUUGUUCCAUUGGAUCAGUGGAAACCCUUAGAAGAGACUUACAUACACAUUUGAAGAAAAACAGAUAUCUUGAAAAAUGGAUUUAUGUGUAAGACGGAGGUCUUCAUAUGAUAUUGAUAGUUUGAUUGGGAAGAGUAAGAACGAUAAACACAUUUCAAGAAGUGAAAUUGGUUCAGAAAAUCAAGAGCGUAGUUUGACAUCAGGUAUGACGUCACUAUCUUAUGAGAUGGACACGACACAAGGUGAUGACAAAGGUUUGCCUCGCGCGGUGAUAUCACCUCUGAAGAUUCCAUGUCCAACAACAGCUAAAUGUCUCGUUGAAUUCUCUGACCAGGACAGAAGUGAAUUAAGCCCAGACAAUAAUGACUCUAAGAGUAUUACGUCAGCUUCUGAUGACGUCACAAGUGCAGACGGUGGGGAAACGGAACCAAUUCUUCAUUCAUACAGCAUGCUUGGUGAACUCAGCAAUCGUAACAACUAUCAUGGCGGCCGUGUAACUUCCGGUUUGGAUGAUCGUGACAUAGAGGAAUACGGAAAACGUAAACAGAGAAGAUACAGGACUACUUUUACAAGUUUUCAGUUAGAGGAACUCGAAAGGGCUUUCCAGAAAACUCAUUAUCCGGAUGUGUUUAUGAGGGAAGAGCUGGCAAUGAGGAUCGAUCUAACAGAAGCAAGAGUACAGGUUUGGUUUCAAAACAGGCGUGCAAAAUGGCGGAAGAAGGAGAAAGUUGGUCCACAAGGUCAUCCCUUUAGUCCAUAUGGAGGCUACACCAAUCCGCCGGCGUUAUCGCCCCGGUCUUUAGUCUCACCACAACAGAGCUACACCGAAUUACUGAUGAGAGCGUAUGAAUCACAGCUCUACCAAAGAAACGACGGCCAUUUUGUUUUCCCUUCUAGCGCUCGAAACAUUUGCGCUGGCCCAGCCCUGUCACCGCCUGGUUUAUAUAACGUAGCCUUCCGCGGUGUAAUGUAUCCUAACGCUAAAACUUCUGCAAUCCCUCCGCCGACUAUGUCAUUCCAACAGAUGUUUGCUCAAAUGACUUCCCAGAAUUCCAAAGCACGUGACACGAUUACACUUCCUGUUGAACACAAUAUCAUGGAAGGUGACCAAAGAACAUCGAGUAUCGUGGCAUUACGGAAGAAAGCACGUGAGCACGAGGUCAGGAUUGGUGUGGAAGGUCAAGGAAGUGCGUCAUAGAACAAAAAACAAAAAAAUAACGGACUACUUUUUAUUAGUCUACUUUUUCUCGUCAAUAUUUUUUACGGAUUGGAUGUGAUCAUUACUUAUCGGUACAUAUCUAUAUGAACAUGUUUAUUAUAUUCAUAUACAUCACGGAUCUCGGGUGCAUAUUUAGUAUUGACGAAGUACCGGACAUCGCUUUUUGUAUUGCAGGAGAAGCGUAAAUGACGCGUAAGAAUAUGGAAGGAAAAAUAGUCCCGUACUUGCAAUACAUAAGUAGGAUAUUUUCCUUUGUCGAAACAAAACUAGUGAGUCGAUAUGAACUAACACGUUGACACUUACUAAUGUAAAGAAAUCGAAAAUAUAACGCUUUCCUUAUUGAAGGACUCGUUAAAAGUCAGAGCAAUUGAAGGAGAAAAGAAGAAAAAGUGGAGAAAGUGUAUAGAAACAUAUGGAUGUAAAAGGAUUGUAAUUUCUUACCAGAUACACAAGUUGUGCGGCCUAGUUAUGAGUACUGUGUCAUGUGACAUUUCGCUACCGAGUCUAAUUUUAUCUUGGUAUCGCCGUUUUUAUUGAUUAUUGUGCCAUUUUUAUUACUUUUUACAUAUUGUGUUUGACACUAGUAUACUACAAAGUAACAUAACGUCUGUAUCAGUUCCGUGACAGGGUGUUCGGGACAUUUAAUUCACGCACGUGGAGCUGACAACGGACCUUCCCUAUAAGUAACGCGAGCGGAAGUUCAUGAGGAAACUCUAAAUGCCGGUGAAAAUUCCGGAACAAUAUUUCAAAUUUUUUUAUUUUUUUUUUUAUUUUUUUUUUAUUAUAUUUAUUAUAAAAAAUAACACCACCUUAGUGCAAUAUGUGUGCAUUUAAAACUACAUUGUUAUAGAUGUUUAAAGAAUUUAUUUAAAAGAGUGCUACUUCGUCAUAGCGGAUUGCUAAUUAAAAGUUACAGAAUGUGAA